AUGACGACACGUCUCUCUACGUUGGCUAGCGAGAAGGUCCUUGUCCCCCGUGACUCCCUCACAGAAGCGGAGAAGUGGCGAUAUGUGAUGGACAACACCCUCCGACUGGGAAGUCUCGGUUUUCUCUGCGGUGCCGCCUUCUCACUCGUGGUGUUUCGUUCCGUCAGCACACGAAUGGCCGUCACGGCAUUCGGCAGCGGCUUCGGUCUCGGGAAGUCGUAUGUGGACACGAGAUAUGUGUUAGGGCACGAUGUCGCCGCCGAGACGGUGUGGACGGCGGAGGUGGUGAAGAAGCAACCAACAGGCACCACUGCAAAUACAGGUGGCGUGAGUGAGGGUGAUAGUGGGAGCGCUCAGUGA